AAGCACAGAUCUGACGGUUGAGAAUAUGGCAACACGCUUAUUUGAGAUCCAAAGCAUGCGAGGCAGAUAGAUAGAUAAUCUCAGCCACGAGAGAAGAAAAAAAAAAAAAACCCCUCUCUGAUCCGGAACACACAGAUUCGAUGGCUCUCGAGAAAGGCUCCGAUCAUCCUCAUCGUGGAACCAUGGGCGAAGGCGAGUAUUUCUCCGGGAAUGAUUAUACAAUGGUCUUCUGGAACAUGGAUGACUAUCCAAUCCCUGUUGGCAUGGAUGAUUUUGGUUCUAUACGUAUCAAUAUCAUAGAAGCUCUUGAACGAUUUGGAUAUCAUGGAGAGACUGAUGUCAAUGUGCACUGUGCGCAACUUGAGUGCGACGUAAGGGAUGAGUUAAGCAAGGCCAGAAUCGAUUACUUACCUGAGGCUACCAAGGUUUACCUGACUUCGACUGCCAAAGUGUGUUCUCUGGAUAUGACUGCUUUUUUGGUUCGCAUAGCGUUACCUCAACCUCCAAUUAAUAUCGCAGUAAUCGCAAAACCAAAAGCGGAGUUAGUUAGGGUUCUCAAGUGUUUGAAAUCGAGGGGUCACACACUUAUGCUAAUUCAUCCGCCUGAUGGUGAACAACUUAGCUUUAGUGUAGAUACGUUGCUUGCUCAUGCACAUCUCGGUGAUAGCAAAGAAGAAGAAGAUCAUCCCUCCCAGGGCGAAGAAGAAGAUCAUCUCUCCAAGGGCGAAGAAGAAGAUCAUCUCUCCAAGGGCGAAGAAGAAGAUCAUCUCUCCAAGGGCGAAGAAGACACCUCUGUUGGACUUGGCCCCUACUACUACUACUGCCAAUACCUCUCUCAGAAGGCUGAAAAAGAAAAAGAAAAAGAAGAAGAAGUAGAAGAUCCCUACAAGAUCUUAGAUUUCCUCGAGCCUAUCAGACCCUCCGUCAAAGGGGCUAUGACAGCCGUCUUCUGGGAUGCUCAGUAUUGCCCAUUCCCUCCUGGUUCCACUGCUGAUGAGAUCUACAACUCUAUCGAAUUAGCUCUUGUGAAAAGGAAGUUUACUAAUAAGACUACAAUCUGGGCCUAUCUUGGUGAUGAUGACAAGAACGGUUCUGCCUUACUGGGUGACAAGACUUGGGCCUCCAGAAUCUACUUUUUUUCCGCAGGGGAUAAAGCCUCGAGACGUAUUAGAAUGACAAAUGACAUUUGUUUUUGGGCACAUGAAUCAAGUUGUCAACCAGUUCGUGAAAGUUUGUUCAUAGUCUCUGAUCAAUUCAGAGGUGAUCUCUACUACGUCGAGCUGCUUCACAAUUUGGUGCCCGCAUGUUUGCAUCUUUUCUGCAUAACUCCGACUCAGGACAUCAAUAAACCAGAAAGCCCUGAAUGGCCAGAAUUGUUUUUUGAUAAAGGAGCAUAUCGUUUGCUGUUGGAAAUAAGCGAAAUCCCUGCUGCAUGUUCUUGUUCCAAAAAGCGUAAAACCGAUGCAGGAAUGCUCGUUACGAUGGAGGACGAAGAAGAAACAAGUGGCAUGGAGUCUAACGAAUGAGCAGCGCUUACAGUGUGAGUUUAGUCUCUAUGUUUUAUUGGGUUUACGUGGUGUGUUUUCUGUUUUUGGUUUGAACGUUUCUAUUUUUCUUUUUUUGCAAUGGAUUAUCAGAGUUAAAAAUAAAGUUUCUAAAGA